AUGCCAAAAGGCAAAGCCAAGAAGCGUAACCUACGACCGUACCACGGCUCUGCAGAGCCGUAUGAGACUCACCAAGGCUCAUCACACAGACGUGGCGGUACGCACAAAGUACGCGAUGAAAACAAGACUGACUCCGUCUACGACAACUUGAACUACAAAGAGCUAGUCGAAACAGCAAAGGAGCGCAGUAUCUACCGCAAGGAUAUGAAGAAGGUUGAGAUGGCUUGGGCCCUGAAGCACGACGACGAGAACAAAAAGCGUGCUGAACAGGACGCACGUGUUGCGCGGCAAAGGAAGUUGGAGGAGGCGAAGAAGGAAGAGGAGAGAAAGGCUGCAGAGAAGAAGGCACAGCUCAUUGCUAAGCAAAAGAAAAGAAGAGAGAAAGAGGAGAGGAGAGAGCGUGACGAAAGCGUCAGUGACGACACUGUGAGUGAUCCCGACACUGAAGACGGUGAAAAUGCAGGAGACGAGUAUAAUCGCGAGAGAUUCGGAGAGGCGCUCAGUGAGGAGUCAUGGGACAGCAGCUCUUCAGAGUCAAGUGCUGCAUCCGUAAACCAGAUCUACGAGCCUGGAUGCAGACUUCGCCUUUUUGAAUGGCCAAACCAAACCAUGCCGUCCGUCAAACCUGGAGGUUGGGAUUACAAAAGAUGGUGUCCGCUGCCCCUGCCCUGUCCUGUACCGUAUGCACCUUUAAAGAUCACUACGAUGUAUAGCAAGCAAAAGCUCGUGUUGCCAGGAGCGAAGUAUCCACCAAGCGUCACCCCAGACUUCGUUCCCAUUCUCAACCCCUUGGUCCGAUCCGGGGCGCGUAACGGUCAUCUUCUUGGCUCGCUCCGCAAAGCCAUUAUCGAAAGAGGGACUGAUUGGGCUCAACGCACGCUCAUUCAGGGCUGCAAUGGACAUAUGUACUUCCACCUCGGCUCCAGGAACGAAACGAAAAUCCUAGCCGAUACAUACAACAAGUGGUAUCUCGAAAACAGGAAGCUGCUGCGCGUCAAAGGGAAAGGCAAUGGCGAUCCUAGUGAUCGCGCUGCACGCCAUGCGCAACGGCAGAGGAAUAAGGCGAAGAUGACGGCGGAGGUGUAUGAGGCGUCGCAGUACAGACCGUUGGCUAUGUGCUAUGUGCCUGCGUACCUGGAGUAUGGUGAGCUGGUUCGAGAUGGGAUGGGGAGGAAGAGUCUGGAGAAUUUGUUCUUCUGGAAAGAGAAGGGCACUAUGGGCAUGGAAGAGAACGGGAAGAAAGGGGAAGGAUCGAGAAGAAGUCGGCCUGCUGGAACGCAGUUGGUGCGCGUCCGCAAGUCAUCGAUUGACCUUCCACCAUCUCCGCCUUUCUCGAAUCCAACAACCAUCACCGAAACCAUCGCACUGGUCGAACACCAAAUCUACCGCGACGGCCUUUCCGGAACCCUCGCCCGCUACAAACAGAAGUGGGCUGCAAAUGGGAAACAACGUGCCUGGCAGACCUUCGCCGCAGCAUUACCAAAGCUAUGGCCUAGCGGCGAGAUACCAAGCGUGCCACCCGUACAUAGCGAACCGGGCGUGAAGCUGUCGGUGAAGUUAGCUACUAUCGAUUGCAUGAAGGAAUAUGGCGAAACGCCGUUUAGUCCGUUGAAUGGGACUGAGGCGUGGACGAGAGAUGAUGGUAGGGUUUGGGAUGUUGUUGAGGUUGAUGUCGAGGAAGAGCUCGUGCCACCUGUCGCUUCGACCGAAGAAGACGACGAGAAAGACAGCGCUGAGGGUGAGGAUGGAGAAGAAGAGACUAGUGGUUCUAUGGAAGACGAUGGCAACGAUGCAGACGAUGAGGCGUUGUAUCGCCGUGAUAGCGUGGUGUCUGUUAUGGGCUUUACCAUGUCAGAUUCAGUUGUGGCAUGGCUGGAACGUGUCGAGGAUGAUUUUACAGUGUCGCCUACGCUAAGCGAACCGCUUGAUAAAGAGACAGAGCUACGAGA